AAAACGUAAUUGGGCCAAAGUGUUUGUUCAGGUCCAAUUCAUCCGAUCAACCAUUAUUCCACUGCUCAUCUCUCAGGCAGGCAGACGGUCAUCCAAAAUGUUGCUCUCUCCGCUUCCAUCUCCUCUUCCCUCGUUCCUCUAGUGUGUUGCCCAGGUGGAAGAUCCAUCACAGCCUGUGCCCACCUUGUCACUGUGACACAUUCAAUCAGAAAACUGGGGCUUCGUAGGUGAUCAGUUACACACAAGGUGUGGAGUAUGGGCAAAGCUUCAAGGGAUAAAAGGGACAUUUAUUAUCGGAAAGCUAAAGAAGAAGGGUGGCGUGCAAGGAGUGCCUUUAAACUCCUUCAGAUUGAUGACGAGUUUAACAUAUUUGAAGGAGUUAAACAUGUCGUGGAUUUGUGUGCAGCUCCUGGUAGCUGGAGUCAGGUUUUGAGCCGGAAGUUGUAUCUCCCUGCAAAACUCUCCCAAGAUUCAAUAGACAACAUUCUACCACUUAUUGUAGCCAUCGAUUUGCAGCCUAUGGCUCCAAUUGAAGGUGUGAUUCAAGUACAAGGUGAUAUAACAAAUGCCAGAACAGCUGAAGUGGUUAUUAGACAUUUUGAUGGAUGCAAAGCUGACCUGGUUGUCUGUGAUGGUGCACCUGAUGUUACUGGACUCCAUGAUAUGGAUGAAUUUGUUCAGUCCCAACUUAUAUUGGCUGGUUUGACCAUAGUUACUCACAUACUAAAACACGGCGGAAAGUUCAUAGCCAAAAUUUUUCGAGGAAAAGAUACAAGCCUUCUUUAUUGUCAGCUAAAACUUUUUUUCACUGAAGUUACUUUUGCUAAGCCCAAAAGCAGUCGCAAUUCAAGUAUUGAAGCAUUUGCAGUCUGUGAGAACUAUUGUCCACCUGAUGGAUUUAAUGAGAAAGAUUUGCAUCGCCUUCUUGAAAAGGUUGGGAGUCCAUCAGGCAUGGAAGAUUUAGAUUGUAGUAGUGGAUGGCUGGAAGGACCGAACAAGGUGUAUAUACCAUUUUUGGCUUGCGGGGACCUCAGUGGGUAUGACUCGGACCGGUCAUAUCCCCUUCCCAGGAAUGCAGAUGGAAGUUAUCAGAGUUUAGAUCCUGUACAGCCUCCAAUUGCUCCUCCCUACAAGAGGGCUCUUGAAAUGAAGAAAGCUCAAAGUCAGGGUGUAUGGGAACUUGAUAAGCUUUCCCUUGGCCCAUAAGCAUUCUAUGCACAAAUAGUUAUUUCAGAUUGUGAUCACUGGAUUUGGACGUUUUAUAGCUUAUUAUUGCCUUGUUGGGUAUUGUUUGUAUCUUGAACAAUAGGGAAUGAUUGAUACCAGUUUAAUCAUUGUAACUGGGAUCUAUGAACUUAUGUAGUUGUGUUAAUCUUAUCUGCAUUCUUGAGUUGGUUAGACAGAGGGUGUUACACGCUGUUUCUCUUGGUCUGGUUAGACCCAUCAGCCAGUUGGGUUUGGUUCUUGCUUGUCCAAAACAAAAACAAAAAUC